CCUCCUUGCCUCGCUUCCGCUUUGGGCGCCCCACCUCAACCCCAGUUUGCUCAGCCUCUCCCCAGACUGGACCACGCCGACUUCAUCUGCUCCCCUAGAGUCCCCCUCCCUCAACCCCUCAUCAGGUCCCAAAUGUCCCAGCCCUGACAUUUCAGCCGCUCUCGGGCUCGGUGGCUCACUGCUCCCCGCCUCGCACUGCACUGGUUUCAAGUCCCUUCAAAGGGUGCCAGCCUCCACCGCCCACAGCACACGCCCCAGUACCUAGCUCCCCCCUAACCUUACUCAGCCAUCCCCUGGCUCCCAGCCCACGUCGGCUCAGCACACUGUCCCCGCCUCUUGGAGACUCCCAGCAGCUCCCGAACACCCAGGCCUUGGAAAUCUCACCCACCCCAAAUUACCCCCCAACACCCCCGAAGCGUUCUCAUCCUCCCGCGCCUGGCUGUCCCGUCCCCCCAUCCUGACCUCUCCCUGUUACUCUGAAGAGCACCCCCAUGCCACCUGGGUAGCCCAGGACCCCAACAUCAGGGAUGAGGUCUCAUCUAUCGCAGGUCUCGGGGCCGUCCCGCGGGUGGGUACUUGCUGCUGGCGCCCGAGGGAGCUGGGUACUGAGCCCGGCCUCUCCUCCCUGCCCCCCCAGCAGGCACCCCGGCCGCCAUGAGCCAGCACUACACCAUCCACUUCGCCAAGGGUGCCCUGCCGCCCCGGAACCCCGCCAAGCACUACUUCUUGGACAGGGAACUGGGGCACCAAAAAGGUAUCCUGACAGAGGAUGACGUCUACUGCAGCUGCCUGGCCAAGACUCUCUGCCACGUGCCUGUCCCUGUGACCGUGGGUUUCUAUGCCCCCUUUGGCUGCCGCUUGCACAUGAUGCUGGACAAGAUCAUGGUGCUGAUGCAGCAGGAGGCGACCCAGUGUGAGGCCAAGGAGCUGCAGCACGUGCAGUGGCAGCCGCGGCCCGUGCAGGGCUGGGGCUUCUCGAAGCUGCUGUGGUACCUGGUGUUCCUGCAGCCCAUCAUCACCGAGGUGCAUCUGCGGCGCAAGAACGUCAAGUUCCUCUUCAUCCGCUUCAGCGCCUGGCAGUACGCGGGCACUGACAAGCUGUGGGCCGGCCUGGUGACCACGCUGUGCGAGGGCAUCCGCCAACAAUACGGCGCACUGUCCUUCAGCUUGUACUCGGUGCUGGGCAAGAAGGCGGCCACGAGGCCGGGCUGCCGCCAGCGCGAGUGGCACUGCCGGCGCCAACUGUGCCUGACACUGCUGGCACUGCUGGCGGCGCUCAGCCUGGGCAUGAGCCUGCUCUACCUAUCGAUGGGCUCCCACGCGCUGAGCCACGGCAACCUGUUCCGGGCAUUCGGCGGCGCGGCCACCACGCUUUCGAGCUCCGGGCUGCUCAUGGCCAUGUACUCGGUGGGCAAGCACCUGUUCGUGAGCCAGCGCAAGAGAAUUGAACGGCUGGUGUUGCGCGAGAAGUUCGGCAGCCAUCUGGGCUUCAUGUGCGAGGUGAAGAAGGAGGUGAGGCUGCUCACCGACUUCCUGUGCUUCCUGGAGAUCUACCAGCGGCGCCGGCUGCGCGUCGUGCUCGAGAUCACAGGGCUGGACACGUGCUACCCGGAGCGCGUGGUGGGCGUGCUAAACGCCAUCAACACACUGCUGUCCGACAGCCACGCGCCCUUCAUUUUCAUCCUGGUGGUGGACCCCAGCAUCCUGGCCUCGUGCCUCGAGAGCGCCUGCUCCAUGAAGGGCACGGCCGACAACGGUUACCUCUUCCUCAACCGCACCAUCACGCUACCCUUCUCCGUGCCCAUCAUGGGCCAUCGCACCAAACUGCAGUUCCUGCACGAUGCGGUGCGAAGCCGCGACGACCUGCUCUAUCGCGAGAUGACGCGCAACGUGAGGUCGCGGGGCGGGGACGGGGGCGGGGACGGGGACGGGGGCGGGGACGUCGAGCCUCUCCUGGAGAUGGAGGAGCAGGCCCGGGCCGAGAGCGCGCAAAGCGUCCUGGAAGUCCAGGCGGCUCGCAGCAUCCAGGAGGCGCUCUGCUGCCUGCACGACGAGGGCGACUGCCUCUUCGAGUACGUGCCCGACAACGUGGUGUCCAUGCGGCGCAUCGUCAACACCGUGCCCAUCACCGUGCGCCUGCUGCAACAGCAGCAGGGGGACUUCGGGGGCCUCUCGCCGCGCCAGGCCGUGGCUUGGGUCGUGCUCGCCAACCAGUGGCCGUGCCGUCUCAGCUGGGUUCUGCAGUGCCUGGAGGACCGGCAGCAGGCCGGGGGCGCGCCCGAAGCCUGCGCGCGCCUCUGGGACGUGUUUUGCGACCACAGCCUCGAGCUGCACACCAUGAACGAGACGCUGCAGAAGGUGCUCGACCUGGACGGCGACCCCGAGCUUUUCCAGCGCUUCCUGGGCGCUGACUUCCCUUUCACCGUGGCCGAGGCGCAGAGGCUUCUGCGCUGCACCGUCAACCUGGACCACUCCAUCCGCCGCCGCAUGGGCCUCAUCCGGGCCGUCAGCACGCUCAAGUCGCCCCGCCCGCCCAAGUCCCCUGCCCGCAAAGCCCCGCACACCGCCAGCGGAGCCAACCACGCCCCCGGGGCGGCCUGGGCAGGCCAGGCUCCUGCGCAUGCCUGCGAAGCCCACCAACCCCCCGGACGGGGGCAAGUCCAGACCCAUGGCCUGAGUGCCCUGCACUUGGGGUCAGUCUAGCCCAGGUGGGCCUUGAAUGGAAGACCUCGGGCGCAGCAGAGGGCAACACUUCCUUCUGCCCAGAUGAGAGCGUAGCGGGCCUAACUGGGCCCAAGGCCCAGGGUCCAGUGUCCGGAAUGAGGCCUAUGGUGGCCACAUUCCCCAGGUGAAUCUGUGAGCCAGAGAGAGCUGUUGGCAGUAGCUACCAGGAGUGGGGCAGUGUAUCAGUGACAGCAUCUGAAAGCCCAGGCAGAAGGACCCAUGAGGA